AUGGCAAAUGAUAAAGUAUGCAAAAAAGAUGAAGAGACUAAAAUAGAAGCAAAAAAGAGGUCUUGGAAAACUUAUGAUAGUGCUCCUGACACAUUUAUUAGAUGUCCUAACUGUUUUUGUGGAGAUACCUGUGGUUAUAGUUAUAACCGAAAAGGAUUAGACUGUAUAUCUCAAAGUUGCGGUCUUUUUCACCCCAAAGGAAAAUCAAACUGUAUUACUUGUAAGAAAGAGGAAGAAGAAAAGAGAGAGCAAGAAAAUCAGCAAAAAGAUUCUGAAAUAAAAAAAGAGCAAAAUAAAAUUGGAGAAGAAAUUCACUCGCUUGUUGAAAAAAAAGGAGAUGAAGAAUUACAGUUAUUCAAAAAAGAAAAUCAAGAAGUGUUAAAAAAUUUAGAAGAACUAGUCCCAUCAAGGAUUAAAAUCCAAGUUAACUACGAAAAGGAAAGAGUUCGUUCCAUUCUAGUAAAGACAAAAGGAAUUUACAAAAAGUUAUCGGAAUAUGAAUAUACUCACUUUAAUGAAGUUCACUCUGCUUAUCGUGAGAUUGAAAAAGAACUCGAUGAAAUAGCAAAACAGAAAGAAAACAAAUCUGAUAAAACUCCGGAAGAAGAGGAAGAAUUAGAUAAUUUGAAGAAUAAAAUUAAAGAUUUAGAUAAAAAACAAGAAUCUUCCCCUACUUCUUAUCUUCCCUGA